CUAGUGUGAAGAGUGGCGUUUCCUGCUUAGGCCAUGACUUUAAAAUUCAAAAAAGGUGGAGUGCUGGAGGUCAGCAGGCCCAGAAAGAACUGAGUUAAGGAACUGCAGGCGGGUGCUCUGCGGAGUUAAAAGCCUGAAGCCCAGUGAUGAUAUGAUUCCCUAUUUUUGAAUUCAAGGGUCCCUAAGCCAUUAUCUUCAUUGACUCCUCUUCAGGCAAAUUCCAAUUUUGUGAAUACAAACUUUUGGGUCUUCAAGAGUGGCUAGCCUCAUCAGCCAUUGCUGUAAACAUCUGUUCAGAAUCCUAUAUCUAUGUGUGGCAGAGCAUUAUGUUAUAUUAAAUGGACUAACAUUACAAAUUGCCUUUACCUUGGACCAAUAUAUCCAGAACCUGUGCUGUACAAUCUCUUCCUAUUCGUCACUCGACCACUGCACUAAUGAUGGCCUGGCAUAAAGUAACCACAAGUGGGAAACCUUUGGAAAGCACUGUGGUGGAGAGCAGUACCGUCUGGGAACCGACCCGAGCUUCCCCAGCCAGUAGAUCUUUUCAAGAGAGUACACUGGGUAAUGCACUGGAGACGACUGCAGUUGUGCCUGUGCAGACACAGCUCACUUCUGUUACCUUGAACUCGGAAAAAAACACUGCUAUACCAAUCGAUGCCUCUUCUGUGUCAGGAAAAACAUCUCUAAUUUGUACCCAAGAAGUUGAGACGUUGAAUGAGGCUUUUGACUUUUUGCUAGCUUUUUUCAUCUUAGCUUGUGUUUUAAUCAUUUUUUUGAUCUACAAAGUUAUUCAGUUUAAACAAAAACUAAAGGCGCUAGAAGACUCAGUGGAAAAUAGACUUGAGUAUUACAGCUUUUAUCAGUCAGCAAGGUACAAUGUAACUGCCUCGGUUUGUAACACCUCCCCGGAUUCUCUGGAAAGUUCUGGCUUGCAACAGAUUGGACUUGAUAAACAAAUUGUUCCUGAAAAUGGGGCACAGGUUAUUCUCUUUGAACACUCUGCUUUAUGACUCAACUGAGCAUUGACUCUAAAAACUCCGUCGUGCCAUGUGGCCAUAAACUUAAUCCUUCUCAUAGACUUAUGGUAGGAUUGUUAAAGUGUUUAUUAGUAAUUUGAAUAAAGUGCAUUUGCUCUGCAUAUAUUUUCUUUGAUAUAAGUAGCCAACUUUCUGGGUACUGAACAUCAUGUUAAAUAUGUCAUGAAUGUUUAUUUCUAAAGUCUUGUAAGGUUGUACUAUCUAUAUUAAAUUGCACAUAAGAAAAAAUAAGGACAGAGUUUAACUAAGUUUUCAAAAUUUUCAUGACGUAUGACAUGUUUUAACUGUUUGACCUGAACUGGAGCUUUUAAUUUUAUGCUUUGCUGCUGCCUAGACACUAGGAUUACAAUGUUGGAAAGCUAGAUUUGGUCCUAGUCUUGCUAGAACUUGAACCUAGAAGAAGACACAUGAUUAGUGUGCAGUGUGCUAAGUGCUGUCCUUGGAAGCAGUUUUGAAUAUGUGGUGAUGAGGGUAACUUUAUGAAAAAAUGAGAAGCAUUAAAACUGUCAUUCUAUGCAUAGAAGCACACACCUCUCGGUGCUCAAGAGGUAGAGGCAAGCAGAGUCUGUGAGUUCUAGGCCUGCCAACUUCUAUAGUAAGGCCAUGCGCCAAAACUUAAGAGCAGCAGCAACAACAAAAACACUCUCAGCAAACAGAUUAAUCCAGUAAAGAGAGCUGUCAGGAAGGUUACCAUGUUAGAAAGAUUAAUGAACAAGAAAGAAUAAUGCUUUUCAGGACCUAAAGUCCUAAUGCAGCUGUAUAGAUAGAGAUCAAUGGUUAAAGGCUAUUAUCUUUAUGCUUUGUUCUGAGGGCCACAGGGGGCCCUUGGGAAAUUUAUCCACUGGAAAGAUAUGGUGGAAUUCACCCUUUUAUAUUAAAAAAUCACUCUUUAUGGGAGGAACAACAUUAACUAAGAAGCAGAACUAUUAACCCUGGCGAAAGAUGCCAGUGUAUUGGUAGGCAGGAUGGAUAGACAGAUGCUCUGCAAGUCAGAGGACCUGUCUUGGUAAUUGAUUGAGGGGAACUCAAAAAUGUUAUGCUUUUGCAAUAGGCAAUUCUGUACUACAUUCUGGAAGCUACGAAAUAAUGUUGAGGAUCAGUUUUGAAUUAAUAGGAUUUCAGGUUCAUGUAUAGUUGGUAUCCUGUAUAAAUACCUGGCGAGUAGAAGUUCACAGUCAGGGUAUAUUUGGUAAAACUAGUUCACAUUUAUCAUCUAACCCUUAGAAGUAAAAAAAAAAAAACACACACAAAAACAACAACAACAACAACAAAAAAAACCCACUUGAUACCAAAAUAACUAAGCAAGAAAGAUUAGGACUCGAGCAUUUAGACUCUUUAAUAUUGAUAUUUAUUAGUGGAAAUCAAGUAAUGCAAUGAUUUUCUAUAUUAAUACAUGUUUGAAGGUAUAUACAAAUGAUAUUAAACAUUAGUUUAAUAAACAAAUAAUAAACAUUUGUGAUAGUUUAUAGUGACUUGAACCACAAGUAGAUGAACAACUAUGUUUGCUCUUCCUCUUGAUCCAAUUUUUUUACUUUAUUAAAAAGUUAAUACUAUCCAUAUGAUAUUCUAAAGCAUUCUAAGGUGUUUAAUCAGAUAAUAAUUUUAGCUUCUUUUAUAAAAUGGGAAUAUUUGUAAAAUAAUAUGCCUUAAGACUAUAAGAAAACUUGAGGUAUUUUACAGUGCCUCAAGUUCAGAUUGACCCAGAAAUUUUCUUAUCCCUGCUUCAUUUCUACCACCCAAGUGUGUGACUGAAUGGGUAUGGAACAGGUCUGUUAGUUUUCAGGGUUUUUGUUUUUGUUUUUUUGUUUUAAGAUACAGUCUUUUUAUGUAGACCAGGUUGGUAAAGUGUUGAGAUUAAAGGUGUAUGCCAACACCCCUGUCUGAUUUUCCAUUUUCACAAGUUUGCAGAUACUGCUGGUUGGGAGUUGUGUUGAGAGUCACUGAAUAAAGAUAUCUGAAAGAAAAUGAGACAGAUUUGAGGAGUUAGUUUAAGAUGCACUGGAACUGGUAAUGGGACUGAGAGAUGCUCACUGCGGGAAAGCACUUGCUCUGCAGGCGUAAGGACCUGGGUUUGAAUCCUUGGAACUUGCAAAAGUGAAAGUGUCUGCAGCCUCUGAGGUCCUGUGUAAGAUAGGAGCAGAGUCAAGAGAAACCCUGCAAGCUUCUAGGGCAGCUAGCCCACAUAAGCAAUGGAAAAUAACCAAAGAGAACCUGUCUCAGACUGGGUAGAUGGUGAGGAUGGAUGCCCGAGGUAGUCCUGUCCUCCACGUGCAAGACUUACAUUCACUUAUCACAGAAGGCAAUAAUAGUAAUUCUUCUACACCCACACCAGGCCUUUCAGUGUUCAGUUCUAGGCUUAGUUUAUGAUUUCAGGGCAGGGGAAAGUGAUUAUAUUAAAAAACAAAACAAAACACUUUUUUUCUUUACAUUAUUUAUGACUGAAAUGAAUAUUUUUCCCCUUGAUGCAUUUUUAAUCAAUGUUUCUUUUGUCAAGUCCUCAGAAUUCCUUCUAUUCCAGUUUGUAUAUAUAAUAGCCAAAGGGACAUUUAAUGAGAGAAAAUGCAAAUAGUGCAGAAGUGUGUAUGUGUGGUAAAAGGUAAAGGUUUCUUCAUAUCCCCAACUGAAAUCCUGUCUUAAAGACAUUCAAAAGAAACAUAACUGUAUGUUCGGAGUUUAGAAAAAUCUGUAUGACAGGGUCUUUACUUUGAUAUUAAAGGUUCUAAGCUUAAAGAUUCCACUGCUACGACAUAGAAGCUUACGCAACAGUUUAAAAAGAAAACCCAACUAUUUCAUAUGUAUUUUUAUACGUAACAUAAUUGACUGAGAUUCAACCAGAAAAAUUUAGGUCUGUUACUAGCCAUCUGUAAAUGGAGCUGUAAUUGAUCACAUUUGUUUUCAUGAAGUAUUCAAUUUGUGCUUUGUCAGCAGGUGCUCACUUUAAAAGUAUUAGUAAAAUCACCUUUCUUUUGAGACAUGGCUUCACAGUGUAGCUCCGGCUGUCUUGGACUAUGGUCUUGGACUCUGUAGACCAUGUUGUCCUUCAGCUCACAGAGAUCUGACUGCCUUUGCCUCAGGAGUGCUGGGAUUAAAGGCAUGCAACUACUCCCAGCCUGGAUACUAUACUUUUAAUAGGAAGUCAUUUUCAACCAUGGGAGACCUUAAAUAACUGUUCUGGGUGGAGUGGGGUGUGAUCUCCCUCUCCCUUUCCCCCUCCCCGUCUGCUGAGUUCCCAGUACAUGGACAUAAAUCUCAGUCUGCUCUUAGUUGUGUCUUUGAAAAACUUGCUUUUGCCAGAUAAUUUUCUAUGGCAAUUAUUUUUCCUAACUUUAAUUUUAUAUGGAUAUAUUUCCUUGUAUAAGUAAUAACAUAAAUAAAUAUUCUUUGAGACACUUA